CUUCUUUGCCUGCACAUUUUUAUUAAUUAUUGCUAGGUGAUUGUGAGCGCGGGAAUUAAUAUUUACCAAUAAAUAACUCACAAUAAUUAGUUGGUAUUUGGGUUCAAUUUUUAUUAAAUUAUAAACUAUUCUAAUUUAUAUGUGUAAAAUUAAAUAUAUGAUUAUUUUAAAUAACAAUAUUGUAGUUAUUUUAGUAUAAAAUUUUGGAUCGGUUUGAUUAUAAGUUUUUAUAUAUUGAAUUACAUUUAUUUCUCCAAAUUAAACGACAACUACUUUUGGUUUAAUUCUUCAUCUUAGAUAGACAUGGAAAUUGGUAAAUCCAGAUCAGUUUUGGGUUGGAACCGAUCAGUUUUAAGUCUUUCGGGUAAAGAGAUUUUGGCCCAUUUAGGAAUCGAGAGAGUUUAAGUUUGAUUUCGGUUCCAUUUCUUUAUAAUUAAUUAUAUUUUAUUAAAUCAUACUACUUAGAGAAUGAACUCAGUUAGUAAAGAUAUAAAUAGACUAGUAAAAUUUAGUUAAAGUACUGUACAUAUAAAUAAUUUUCACAUAAUACAUAUAAUAUUUUCAAAUAAAAAUUGAAAGAAAGUAAAUAACUAAGAAAAGGAGAUUAAAAAGAAGUAAUAGUCAGGAAAAUGAGAUUAAAAGGUUAGUAAUGAAAUAAAAUAAGAUUUUUUAUUUUAAGUUAUUUUCUAUUUUUUAUGUUCAAAAAAAUAUUUAUUAAAAGAAAAGUGAUUUCAAAUCAGAAUUGAAGAAAGUAAUUAAUUAAUAAAAUAGGACUAAAACGAAAUAAAAAUUAAGAAAUGAGAUUAAAAGGUUAUUAAUGUAAGAAAAUAAGAUAUUCAUAUUUUAAUUUAUUUUCUAUUUCUUUAUUUUAAAAGUACGUUUAAAAAGAAAAAAAUAAUAGUGGCAAUUAGUAUAAUAAUUUCAAUUCAUUAAGGAUAUUUACGUACUUGACUAUUGCAAAAGUUAACUUAAGCGCGACACAUAAUAAAGUAAUUUCUCAAAUAAUAUCAUAGAAAAUUUAUUAUAUUAAUUAAAUCAUACUAUUUAGAAAAUGAACUCAUGUGGUUAAAGAUAUAAUAAGACUCUUGAAAUUUAGUUAAAGUACUACACAUAUAAAUACUUUUCAAAUAAUAAUACAAAAAUAUUUUCAAAAUAAAGUAGGAAGAAAGCAAUUAAUUAAGAAAAUAAGACUAAAAAAGAAGAAAUAUUUAAGAAAAUAUAGUUAAAAGGAUAUUAAUGAAAGAAAAUAAAAAAUUUUUAUUUAUUUUGUCAGUUAUUUUCUAUUUUCAAAAUAAUAAUUUGUUUAUAUACAAAAGUAAUAUUCAUUAAGGAUAUCUACGUAAUUGGCCAUUGUGAAAAUUUAUCUGAACGCGACAUUUAAAAAAUAAAUUCUCGAAUAGUAUUACAGAGAUUGUUUAAAUAGAGAUUGUUUAGAUGGUAACAUACUUUUAAAUGAGCAAGAUUAGGCUCAGUAAUGGUCAUUUGAAAAAAUGGGCCACAUGAGGAGGGUUUGAAAGAUAAACCCUAAAUAGAACACACUUCUCUGUGAUAUGCAUAUCACUGAUGGCAAGUCGGCUCAAGGAGAUUGUGAAGAUGUACGGGAAAGUAGCGCUGGGGGUCCAUUUUUUUGUCUCCGGCGUUUCGAUCAGUAGAUUCUACAUUGCCAUCAAGAACAAUGCCGUGGUUUUCGAAAACCACUAACCCUUGACUUGAUCUAAUCCGGAUGACCAAGUCUUGGCUUGGACCGAUGACAAGAGCAAACAGCUGGCGAAAUCUGCCGGAGGAGCCCUAGCUCUGUCGCUUCUGUGCCAUAAGGGGCCCUUUCCGAUCAUGGUUCACAUCACGACCACGCAGGCACCUCUGAUUGCUAGAUUCCUUAGGCAGAGAAAAAUCUUCAAAACAGGCGGAUGAAUUUAUCUUUUUUUCCCUAGAACAUAUAUGUUUAAUCUUAUAUGAAAAAAGAGAAAUUUUGUUGAUUGAUAUGAAUAAAGUUUGAAUGAAUUACUUUUAAUGACCCAAUUUUACCAAAAUAUAUGUAAGAAAUGGGAUUUUUUGGCAAUACAUUACUCAAAGAAUUUUUCUUGGGAAUACAUAGGUUCACUGACUAAUAAUAGUUUGUCAUCCCAUAUUAAUUUUUUUUUAAAAAGAAACAAAAUAAUGAAAAUUCAUAUUACGUUUUUAAAAUAAAUAAAAAUAAAUAAAAAAUAGUAGUAGCUACCAAAUUUUUUUUUAACAUUGUUUAAACCGUCAGCAGAACAAUAAUUAAAUCUUAAACACUAAAUUCUAAACUCUUGGAUAAAACCUUAAUCCUAAACCAUAAACACUAAAUAUUAAAUCCUAAACACCGCAGAAAAAAAUCUAAAUCCUAGACCCUAAACCUAGAUUUAGAAUAGACCCAAGUGUUUAUGGUUUACCCAAAUAUUUAAGGUUUAGGAUUUAGCGUAGUAUUUAGGGCAGUGUUUAAGAUUUAAGGUUUAGUAUUUUGGUGAUAGUGUUAACAAUGUUAAAAAAAAUUCUUUUUUUUGCACUUUGUAUAAUUUUUUAUUUAUUUAUGACUUGGUAAAUUCUUUUUUUUUUUUUCAAAAACUGAAUAUUAGAUGGCAAACUACUAUUGUCAGGUGAACAUACACGUGGACAUGAGAGGUUGUUGCUAGAAAUGAUCUCCUGAGCCAAUAUAUCAGCUGCCUUAUAAGCACCAACGUGGAGAAUAUGAUUGUUGAGAAUGCCAAUAAUCGUCUUGCAAGUCCCCUUGUAAGAUAACUAAUAUGCGACUCAAUUGUAGCUUUCAAAAGAUCAUAGCACACACGGAUGCAUAUUACACAAUUGGGAUGUCAAUGGGAGGACAAGGAAUUUCAAAGCGGCUGCUAAAAACUGUGCUACCAGAAAAGCGAGAGAUCUCAAAAAGAUUGGCCGAGGGAUUCCCGACGACAUAACAGUACCUAAUUGUUGUUUUCUUCUAUACAAACCUUGCGAGGUGAGCCAGAGCCUGCUGUAUCGGUGACAGGGCUGUAUUGAUUAUUGCA